AUGUCUUCCAUCUGGUCUUCCCUCCGCUCCGUUCUACACAAUGGCCGCAGCAAGCUGCUCCCAUCCGGCAACACCAUCUCUUCCGUCCCGGCCUUGGACAUGCUCGCCCACAACUGGAGUCUAGCCUUCACUUCCUUCGGCGGUCCUACCGUUCACUUUCAGAUCUUCCACCGGCUCUUCGUCGAGGGCUACAAGUGGAUCGAUGAGACGACCUACCAGCAAAUGUUCGCCUUGUGUCAGGCCCUGUGCGGCCCCGGCUCCACCAAGAUGCUCUACGCCAUCAACGUCUUGCACUACGGCUUCUGGACGGGCCUGCUGUCGCUUUUCGUCUGGAGUCUGCCUAUGGCCAUCGCUGCCUUUGGUCUCGCUGUGGGCAUCAGCAAUGUUGGCGAGCAACUGCCCUUACCCGUCUAUGCCUUGCUGAGUGGGCUCAAUUCAGCUACGGUGGGCAUUAUUGCCCUAGCGGCGGUCCAGCUGAGUAAGAAAGCCAUCACCGAUACUCUGACGCGCAUCUUGGUAUUCUUUGGCGCCACGGCUGGAAUGCUCUACAACGCCUUGUGGUACUUCCCCGUGCUAAUGGUUGUUGGCGGCACAGCAACCGUGGUUUGGGAUUUGAGACUGCUCCAAAGGGCCUGGAGACGAGUGAGGAAACGUUCUGCGAAUUCCGAGCCUCCUGUGGAAGAGGGUGUCGAGCUGGAACGAGUCGACCGAGAUGGCCAGGAAGGUUCCGCCAUCACGCAACACCGUAUGAAGCCGGAGGCGCCUAUCGGGAGGUCUGAGUCAUCUAGAAGCAUUCCGAACGGCGAGGCAGAGGGGGCCUCGGGGAGCGCAUCAAGAGUGACUCGGUCAUGGAAGCUGGGCGCAAGCAUCGUCGCUGCCUUCCUUGCCUCCUUCGUCGUCGUUAUGGUAUGCCGAGGUUUGUUCAGUGAUGUGUACCGCGGCUUCGAUCUCUUCGCCAAUCUCUACCUGGCCGGCACGAUCAUCUUCGGUGGCGGACCUGUCGUCAUUCCGCUCCUUCGCGAGUACGUCGUCGGUCCUGGAUGGGUCGCGCCUCGUGACUUCCUUUUGGGCCUCGCUAUCACGCAAGCGUUUCCGGGUCCGAACUUCAACUUCGCCGUCUACCUUGGAACACUUGCGGUGGCCGGCACAAAUGUACCGCCAGCGGCUGGUGCGCUGAUUGGCUACCUCGCUAUCUUCACGCCGGGCAUCUGGCUCCACACCGGCUUCAUGGGUCUAUGGACUAGAGCUCGCAAACUUCACGCGGUCAGAGCGUGCUUGAGAGGGCUUCAUGCUGCGGCAGUCGGACUUGUGUUCACCGCGGUGUACCGUCUCUUCGAAAUUGGCUACCUGGACGAGAACGUCCAAGGAGGUGGGAGUCUGAGCCGCGAUCCCUGGUGGGUGGUCAUCUUGGCCACGAGUUUUGUUGGAGGCAUGAGUUUCGGUGUGAGCCCUCCCAUGGCUAUCAUCAUCGGUGCGGUCAUGGGGCUCAUCUGGUAUGCGGUCGUGAGGGCUUGA